AUGGGGAAGCAAGAUAAUCGAGUGGCCUAUAUGAAUCCUAUAGCAAUGGCCAGAUGGAGGGGCCCAACUCAAUCUGUAGGCCCAACAAUACAAGAUUAUCUGAACCGACCAAGGCCCACCUGGGAAGAAGUGAAGAAACAAUUAGAAAAUAAAAAGAAAGGCUCCAAGGCACUAGCUGAAUUUGAAGAAAAAAUGAAUGAUAAUUGGAAAACAGAAUUAGAAAAAAGCAGAGAGAAAUUAUUAAGUGGAAAUGAUAGUUCAUCCAAAAAAAGAGAAAGAAAGAAAAAGAAAAAGAGGAAAUCUUAUCGGUAUUCAUCUUCUUCAUCAAGCUCUGAUUCUUUAACCAGUUCAGAUUCUGAGAAUGAGGAAAAGAAACAAGAGAAAAAGAAAAAGAAGAACCAUCCAUACAGAUCAUCAGAAAGCUCUACAUAUGAAUCUGAAUCAGAAAGCAAGGAAUCUGUGAAAAAGAAAAAGAAGUCAAAUGAUGAAACAGAGAAAGAAAAGUAUAUUAGAAGUCUCAGCAAAAAAAGAAAGAAGAUUUAUCCUGAAGAUAAACCUUUCUCAUCAGAAUCUUUAUCAGAACCAGAUUAUGAAGUAGAAGUGCAAGCAAAAAAGAAGAGAAGACAUGAAGAGCGAGAAAAAGUAAUAGAAAUAGCAAAGAAGAAGAAACAGCACAAGAAACAUAGUAAGAAGACGAAAAGGAAGUCAGCUUCAAGUCACAAGUCAGGAUAA